GAGAGAAACACCACGGAUCUCCCACACCUUAUGAGUGUUUGUUGCUCAGUUUAACCUCAGAUAUGCUCUUUAAACCUCUGGAUCUGGAGUGACCGCUGCGUUUUACGCGCUCGUGGAGAUUUUUACCGACGCCAAUGCGCACGAACGCCAAACAAACAAGGAUCUGAUCUGGAAACGGGAUAUUUGGCUCAGUUCAGGAGAAACAUUCAGGAAGUCUAACUGAUGAACUUGGAAAAAUCUGGUGGUUUUCACAGUGCCGUGAGGCAGCUGGACAUGGAGUCAAAGGUCAACAAGCUCACGUUUGGUUUUCAGCGGAGCUCCACGUCAGACGAUGACUCCGGCUGCGCUUUGGAGGAAUACACCUGGGUGCCACCAGGACUGCGACCAGAUCAGGUCCAGCUCUACUUCUCCUGCCUACCUGAGGACAGAGUCCCGUAUGUGAACAGCCCCGGGGAGAAAUACCGCAUCAAACAACUCCUGUACCAGCUGCCACCUCAUGACAACGAGGUGCGAUACUGCCAGUCUCUCAGUGAAGAAGAGAAGAAGGAGCUUCACAUGUUCAGCGUUCAGAGAAAGAAGGAAGCUCUCGGACGAGGAACCCUGAAACUGCUGCCACGGUCUCUGCUUCAUGCCACGUGUGAACAUUGCUCAGAGAGCAUUAGUGGAGGGGAGAUGGUGGUGUUUGCUUUGAGAGCGAGACCUGGACAGUGUUGGCAUCCAGCGUGCUUCAGCUGCUCCACCUGCAAUGAGCUGCUGGUGGAUCUCAUUUACUUCUACCAGGACGGGAAGAUCCAUUGUGGUCGACAUCAUGCUGAACUGUUAAAGCCGCGCUGUUCUGCCUGCGAUGAGAUUAUUUUUGCGGACGAAUGCACGGAGGCAGAGGGUCGGCACUGGCAUAUGAAGCACUUUGCCUGCUUUGAAUGCAAGACUGUCCUGGGUGGUCAACGGUACAUCAUGAAGGACAGUCAGCCAUACUGUUGUGGUUGCUUUGAGUCUCUAUAUGCUGAAUACUGUGAGGCCUGCGGUGAACACAUUGGAGUGGACCAUGCCCAAAUGAUGUAUGACGGUCUUCAUUGGCACGCCACCGACGCUUGCUUCAGCUGUGCUCAGUGCAAGACUUCCUUGCUUGGUUGUCCGUUUUUACCGAAGCGAGGCAGAAUCUACUGUUCCAGGGACUGCAGUAUGGGUGAUGACAUUCACGCCUCUGAUUCUUCCGAUUCAGCCUUCCAGUCCGGAAGAUCUCGAGAGUCACGCCGCAGUGUGAGGAUGGAAAAAAGUAGUCGCUCUGCAGAUCAAUGUCGACAGUCUCUUCUCUUCUCUCCGGCAGCCAAUUAUAAGUUCCCUGGACUCUCAGGCAAUGCUGAUGACACCUUGUCCAACAAGCUGUCCCAGUUAAGCUUUGCAGACAACCAGUUUUGGAGGAACCGAGAGGAGCAGGAAGCAGCUGAAGACCAUGAGGAUUGGGCUGAGCAUGAUGACUACAUGACCCAACUCCUCCUCAAGUUUGGAGAACAUGGAAUGUUCCAGCAGCCAGAGGACGGCAGGCCAACUGACCUCUGGAUGACUGACUCUGAGGUCAAAAACAAGACAGAGCCAAGUGUGUCUGGUAGUGUUGGUAAUGGGAGUCUGGCCAGUAAAAUGUACAAGGCAGACAUGUACUGGGCACAGUCCCAGGAUGGACUGGGCGAUUCAGCCUACGGUAGUCACCCUGGACCUGCGAGCAGAAAACUCCAGGAGCUGGAUCAAGAGCAUGGAGCCAGCUUUAAAAAUGAAGAUAAACAGUGGUAUAAUGACUCACUGGAGUGCAUCACAGAUAAACUCAAACAAGCCGAGCACAAUGUCAGAGACUCGAUGGAUUCCUUAGCACUCUCCAAUAUCACAGGUGCUUCCGUCGAUGGGGAUAUUAAAGACAAACCAUUCCUCUACUCUUUCCAAAAGUUUUCUGGGCUUCAAAAUGAGAACUGUGAGAUCACAAGCAACAUGGGAACGCUAAACUCCUCAAUGCUGCACAGAAGCACCAACUCCCUCAAGAGCCUCACUUCUGAGCUGGAGCAUGUGGAUGUCGUUGAAGAGGAGGAACUGGAGCAGGUGGUUCCAAUCCCAGAGGAGAGGCCCAAACCACCUCACGUACCUGUUUUAAGAAGGACCAAGUCCCAGUCCAAACCACAACAGGUGAAGUUCUCAGAUGAUGUGGUAGAUAAUGGACGAUACGAUGACCUGGAGGUACGACCGGCUCCCAUGAGUGAACGCACACGUAGGCGAGCGUAUCGGUUUGACGAACAAGACCAGCACCGUCAUUCGCAUCACCACAGGAGGAGUCGAAAAUCUCGUUCGGACAACGCACUUAACAUGGUGCCCAAAGAAAAGGCUUCAAGGAGCUUCAAGGUGGACCAUCAGCAGCGUGGCCCAGGUUCAAACGCUCGCUUUGGACAGAGUUCCUGUGUGAACGCUGAUUCCGACUACGGAUUGCACAGCCAGGCUGCAGAGCAGUUUCUUCAUCUGUAUGGGGAUGAAGAUGAUUGGUGCUCUACCUGUUCCUCCUCAUCGUCUGAAUCAGAGGAGGAAGGCUUUUUCUUGGGCCAGCCAAUUCCACAACCAAGACAACCUCGGUACCAGUAUUACGCUGAUGAACUUCCCUUUGGCACACGGACAAAGUCCAAACAGAAGCGAGGACGAAAGAGCAAAAACUGCAUAAUUUCGUAGAAUAGAAUACAAAACUGUUGACUCUGUCUUUAAACAGAUUUAAACCUACGUUGAGCAUUGCAACAACAAAGUGACCUGUAAUUCAUUUAGAAAGUUAUUUUUCGGAGACAUUAGCGGCAGCGGGUGUUGACGAUAUAACCGAAGGCCAAAGCAUUCUUCAGUUUUCCACAUGCCGUUACAACUCACGCACAGUAUUCAGGAAAGUAUUUACGUACCGUACGUGUGCAGCCCAGUUUUUCUAGAUACACGGACAGUCCACGUCUGUGUACAUCGUUGACUAAAGAGUAUCAAAAAGCUUCGCUGUGCGCUUGGACUGAACACAGCCGUAUGAGCGUACGGGACAAAAAAAUGUAUACUUUGAAAGGCUUAGUGCUCAACUGUGUGUAAGAUGUUACGGCACGCUGAAAAACAAAGUAUACUCUAGGCCUCAAUUUGAGCAGCUUUAUGAAAACUUUAUGCAAUUGAGCGGUGACGCAAUGCAGCGAUUACCAAUGUGGAUAUAGUAAAUAAUGCCCGCCUGAUACAGUUGGAUACUGCAGACAAGUAGAAACGCCUUCUAGCAGCAAGCAAACAGAAAGACUUGGUGACCUCCAACGAUUUAAUCGCUGUUAGUGUGAACGCACCUUGAGAGUACAACUUGGUCUAUGUGGCUCAGGAGUCGCUCUGUCCAGGGCGUUUUAUUGCAGUUAUCUUUAAGUUCAAGACCGUUACCUGUCUUACCAUGCAUUGACUUUUUAUACCAAUGCAGUAUCCAAUGCAGCAAUGCAUACUAGGUGCUUAAGUGAUUGUAGUCUUUGAAAGAACCAAAAGAAUAUACUAUUUAUAAAGCCGCUUUUAGAGACUAACAAAGAGAAUAAUUUAACAUUGCAAAUAUGAAUGUAAAUAUUGUAAAAUGUUGAGUUAAAGCUAAUAUUUUUAUAUCCCUGACUUUAAAAAGGUUUUUUUUAAGAAUGUUUUUGAAAAAAAAAAAAGUACUACAGAACAAAUGCUUGCAGAGAUUCCACUUUUGUUAAUCAGGGUUUUAAAAAUAAAUGUAUAACAUGCCACGGUCAACAGCAUUGCAGGAAAUCUUAAUACAUGUGUUUCUUUUGUACCAAAAAACUAACUGCAACACCUCAUACACGUUACGCAUUAUCCAGAGCCUGUUUGGUGUAUUAUUAUUGUUGGACCAUGCAAACAGAAAACUGUAAUCUGUAUGAAUGCAAACUGGAACUUAAGGCUAAUAAUAAAAGUAUAUGAAUUAUA